UACAUAUUUUUUUUUAUUCCCAUCUAUAUUUUCAUCUCCAAAUCAUGUCCGCGGAGCAGCCUGCCACAAAGACAUCCAGAGGUCCAGCGGAGGAAGUUGUUGCAAAGCGUCUUAAGGCUCUCGGCAAGAAACUCCAACGGUUCAAGGGAUACGCAAGCCAGAAGCCAGAGACACUUAAUGCCGACCAAAGGGCUGGUUUGGCUAGCUUGCCCGCGUUGGAGGGCACUGUCAAGGAGCUCGAAGAGCUUUCCAAGCAGAUUGAAUAUGUGGAGUUGGAACAGGCUGGCAAGGUUAGGGAGCUCAAAGAUCAGGCAAAGAAGGAUGCAGAGGCGCAUGGUCUCGCUCAAGUUGAGCAGUUUCAAAGUACAAUCUCCACCCCUCUUUCCCUGUUCCUCCGUCUUUACAAUCUCCUCCAUCCAGCUCGGGCAUCAGACCAUGACAAUCUCACUUUCGGUCGUCUCGAGCUGCCUCGUAACAUGCAAGAGGAAAUCCAAGCGACCGACGUUUUGAGAGUAGGCAGGUGGUAUGAGGACUUGCUCGCUGGAGAUGAGAGGGCCAAGACCAUUAUCAAGUGCCUUGCUACUGGACCUGAUGGCGCUGACGACGAGGAUGACCGAGUGCAUCACUUGCUCAAGCUCCUCGCAGAAUCAGACUCUCUUCCCGCCGAAGAAGAAGUUUCCGCUGUCGAAGAGCGAGAGCAGCCCGCCGAAAAAACUCCUGCCGCUGACGAGAUUGUUGAAGAGGUGCCUCAGGAAGCGGCUCCAGAGGAGGCUAUCGCUGUAACGGAGCCUGAGCCCCAGUCUCAAUCUCAGGUGGAGAAACAGCAGCCUAAGAACAUGGUGUUCAACUUCUUGCAAGAAGAUGAGUUGGCCGCUUCCCAACCUCAAAUCUCUGAACCUUCUACAACCCAACCAACUCAAACCGCCACCCCUACCGAAACUAUCCCCCCAGAAGACCCCAUCCCUGAAUCCGAACCCCAACCCACCGUCCGAUCUGCCAUUCCCGCAUUCGACUGGGCCGCCGAGGAUGACGAGCAACCUUCCGAUUCCCCCGCUCCAGUCGAAAACCCUUGUGAUGCCCAGCCUUCUCAGACGACUCAAGCGGAAGCCAAGACCUCCAUCGAUGAGACUUCCGAUCAGAUUAUUGAGAAGAACGUUCUUGCCAAUGCCCAUGUUGCACAGCCUUUCCCUCAGGAGGCUGGUGUAUCGGCUCCUCCGGCUGUGGACAACACUGCAGCAGCGCCUCCAGCGGCCAAAAUUAUGUCUGGCGGCCGAGGUAGGGGUAGAGGUGGUAGAGGUGGACGGGGUGGAAGAGGCGGCGGUCAACAGAAGGGUCAACAGAACCAACAACAACAACGACAGCAGCAAGCAGGUCAGGUGGGACAGAAAGUGGAUGAUGACGGCUUCCAAUUCGUGGGCAAGUCUCCCACUGCCCAGCAUGGCCCUGUUCCCGCUCGAGGACGAGGUAGGGGAAAGGCAUACUCCAGGGGACGCAGUGGCGGAGGUGGUCCCCGCCCCACUAAUGAUACGCGUACACCCCCUCAAGACGGUCAAUCAUCGCCAGCUCAAGGCCAACAACGCCAGCAAAACCAACGAUCUCCUAGGCCUACCAGGCUCUCAUCCCAGCAGGCUAAACCUACUCCCGCUUAAACCAUGAACCACGCCACCAAACAUCUUGUAGGAAGGGCAAAACAUAUGAAAGGGAAGAUGGACUUGUAUACAGAAUAAAUAAAAGACCGGAUUGGUCAAAGUAAUAGAUCCCAUACUCAAUUACACGAUGCAUGGAGGAUAAUUAA